AUGAGCUACCAGCCGCAUCCCCACGCCAAUAACUUUGGCCUUGCUGCCACCUUCGUUCCCGGCGGCACCGACGACUACUACCUUCCCCCGGAGCCCGAACUUGUCUCGCCUGCCCCGCAGCGGGUCAUGCAAGAAGACGUCGACCAGAUCCAGAACCAGGUCGCCCACAUGGAACUCGAAGCGAACGGCAACGCCUUCCCGCCCCGCGGCAGCAGCGUGCUGUCCAACGGCUCCAACGGCUCGCAGUACCGACACGGCGACUACUCGCAGUACGGCAUGGCGACCGCCGACAUCCCCAACUUCUCGCAUUUCCCCAAGCUCGUAAACCCGCCGCCGAACAUCCCGCCGAACGACGAUGAGAAGGAACAAAUUCUGGAGCAGGCGCGCAUGGGCGUGCUCAACUCCAACGACCCGGAGAUGCAGCUGGCGUGGGCGCAGGACUCCCUUACCUGGGUCGAUGCCUCCAUGGUGCAGGCUGAGCGCAUCUACGUCGACCAGGCCCGCCCGCCCACACCAGCCGUCGAGCACCAGCUGCGCGUGGACGCCAUGAACAUUGUCCAAUUCCUCGCCGACCAGCACCACCCGCGUGCUGAGUUCAUGCGCGGCAUGUGGCUCGAGUUCGGCAAGUUUGGCAUGCGCAUUGACAAGAAAGAGGCUUUUCGCAGCUACUCGCGCGCUGCCGACAAAGGAUAUUAUCGUGCAGAGUACCGCAUAGGCAUGCUCUUCGAACAGUCCAACGACCCGGUCAAGGCGCUUGUACACUACAAGCGGGGUGCCGAUGCGGGGGAUUCGGCCUCGAACUACAGACUGGGUAUGAUGACGUUGCUUGGGCAGAACGGGCAGCCGCAGGACUACGCAAAGGGUCUGCAGCUCAUCAAGCAUGCGGCCAGCACCGCCGAUGAAAACGCACCACAGGGUGCUUACGUUCUCGGGAUGCUCCAGGCACGCGAACUUCCGCAGAUCACAGUCCCGGAGAUCUAUCUUCCAUAUGACGAAAAGUCGGCCAAGAUCAACAUCGAGAAGGCGGCUUUCCUCGGCUUCGCGAAGGCGCAGCUGAAGAUGGGAUCCGCUUACGAGCUGUGCACCUUGGGUUGUGACUUCAACCCCGCACUUUCUCUACACUACAAUGCGUUAGCAGCGAGGCAAGGUGAGCCGGAGGCAGACAUGGCCAUCAGCAAGUGGUUCCUCUGCGGCUAUGAAGGUGUUUUCCAGAAGAACGAGGAGUUGGCAUACACGUAUGCCGAACGUGCGGCUGAGGCCGGCCUCGCGACCGCUGAAUUCGCUCUCGGGUAUUUCUUUGAGAUCGGCGUCCAUACGCCUGUCAACCUUGAGAAGGCCAUGGAAUGGUACGAGAGAGCCGCCAAGUCCGGCAACAAGGAUGCCAUUUCUCGUCUGGAGAACAUCCAAGUCAACAGGACGCUCUCGAAGAAGGACCAUGAGAAGGUUGCCAUCAACAAGAUCAGGUCCCAAUACGGUUCCAAGAAAGGCCAAAGACCAGACAGAUUCAGGAACUCGCAGGCUGCUCCUAUGCCCACCAUCUCAGAUUCGGUGCCUCAGUCGCCUAUCCAGUCGCCCACUAACGGACGCCCGCCUGUCCGUGCCUCGUCCACUGCUCCUUACCCUCUCGAAGACAGGCCGCCGACAAUUGCUCCUUACGACCGACCAUCCUCUGCUGCGCCUUACCCGAUGGACAACGGUCCGCCAACCCUUGGAGCAAUGCCUGGCGCACCACGUCCGACUUCCGCCUUCAACAUGAUACCACCUGGCCCUGGUGCUCCUGGUGCCCCUGCGGGGAGACUGCCGCCUCAAGGUUACAACUACGGACCUCCUCGUCCUCACACUAGUGUCGACUCGAUGAGCCCUACUGGACCUCACCCAGGACGGAAGCCCAUCGGUGGGCCAGGUGCACGUGUCUCUUCCGGUCCUCCUGGACCAGGCGGCUACCGCCAGCCUGGAGGCCCAAGUGUCGAUCAUCCCGAGCAGCAUUACACACCUCCACCCCCGUCGGCUGGCCGUCCGCCUUCGUUGCAAGGGCCUCACAAGCUGCAGAAGCAGCCCACGGUGCAGGAUAUCGGAUUCCAGGCGCCUAUCGAACAGAAGAAGCCUAUGCAGUUGCCUGCUGGUUAUGAACGUGCUUCUACUGCAUCCACAGUGCCUGCUGCAGGCCCCCCGAUGAUCCCAGCUCCCCGGCCUUCCGGUGGCGGCGGUAGACCAGGCAGCGCGGGUAGACCAGCUCCGCAGAAGAGCGACUCUGCACCGCCCAGGCAAAGUCAGCAGCCCCAGCCUCCCAAGGAAGCUGCACCCAAGCCUGCAGCAACGGCGCCGCCACCCGGCAAGGGACCAAAGACAUUCGAUGAGAUGGGUGUGCCGAAGGUCAAGAACGACCAGGACUGCAUUGUCAUGUAG